AUGGGUCACACUGGAACCUCGAUAUCUCAGACUUUCAACACCACCGCCGGACAAGUGUACCAGGGCUCCUUCCUACUGGCAGGCAACGUGUACGGCCCGCCCCUGCUCAAGACGGUGGAUGUGAACGUGUCCGGCGGCGGCUCCUUUCUGUUCGCCAACAGCUACACGUUCGACAUCGCGGGCAAGACGCGCAACGCCAUGGGCUACGUCAGCAAGACCUUCACCUUCACCGGCGGCGCCGGCAACUCAUCGCAGCUCUGCUUCGCCUCCAAGGAUCCGGCCACCACCUCCUGCGGAGCGGUGCUCGACAACAUCGUCGUUGCAGCAGUGUUGCCGCCUGCUCCGGCCCCUGCUCCCGUGCCCGGCCCCGCCCCAGCUCCCCUCGUCGCGCCUGCACAGCCUCCAAUCGUGGUUCCCGCGCCGCCGCUCGUCGCGCCCGCGCCUCCUCUGGUCGUGCCAUCCCCUCCCGCUGUCGUCAUCCUGCCACCGCCCAGCUAUCCGGGGCAGCCAACGGGCUACGGAGCGCAGCCCGGGGGCAAUGGUGGCGAGCCUACAGGGUACGGAGGACAGCCAACCGGUUAUGGUUCCCAGCCCGCCCAACCGACAGGUUAUGGAGCCCAGCCCGGCCAGCCCACUGGUUACGGACAGCCAUAG